UUUUCAAAUGCUAUACCAGAACUUUUUUAUUUUUAGUGCUCUAAUAUCUUAACUAUUUAGUUAAUAGACGCUUAUGAGGAUUUUAAUCAUCUUUGGUAACAAAUCAAUACCCUAAGUCGCUAUAAGAAUUGCCACUGCGCAAGACAAACUUCGUCCUCGUCGUCCCACGAAUUUCUACUUGCGUGGGUGUGACAGAGAAAGCGACAACAAGUUCGAGAUUGAUUUAAGGCACCUCAAAUGGUUUAAUUCCAAACGCAACGUGCUCGUUUAUUGAUUUUUGCGCCAACAUUGCAUACGAAAUAUAUCUAUAAGAGCUUGCAGGUGGUACAAUGAGCGUUAAGUCCAGUGCACGGAUAAAGAAACGACGCUCAGCGGAGGCUGCAGCUGCGACGGCAUCCCCAUCCUCCGGCUCCUUUGCUGCCAUCAGCAGUCAACGCGCUGUUGGUGUUCCCAACAACAGCAAUAGCAAUAGCAAUAGCAAUGCCAGCAGCGCGGCCAGCGGCAGCAACUCAAAUGCUAAUCAGAAUCUCAAUAAGAAGCACAAUUUCGUUGGACGUAAUCCCAAUUUCGAUACGGACGAGACCAAGCUGCUCAUCCAGCUGUGGGGCGAUCCGAAGCUGCAGCGUACUUUGAUAACGACGCACAAGAAGCAUGCGGUCAUCUGCCAGCUGGCGGCCAAGAUGCAGGAAUAUGGCUACCAUCGUUCGCCGGAGGAGAUCACGACGCGCAUCAAGAAUCUGAAAUGUUUCUACAAUCGCCUCAAGAAGGACAAGGAGUACGGUAUGUCAGGCGACACGGAGCCCAGUUGGAAACAUUUUGCCGAAAUGGAUGCGAUUAUGACGCGUCCCAUAUUCAGUGUGCGUCCCAACGAGGUGCCGGCUCCUUCGCUUAAAUACCAACUGGAGCAGGCAUUGGAGGAACAUGCCGAGCGUCGCAAGCGCCGCCAAGAGAAUGGUGAGGAGUUGUCUGACAGUGAAAACGAGGAAGACGACAUUCUACUCUCCUCCCUGGUGCCCAAUGGCACUAACGGUAAGUCGAAACCCGAUGGGUUAGGUGACAACGAAGCCGAUUUGCAAGUGGAAAUGGACACGGGAGAUGUGUCUCCCAAGCGGCGCAAGCUCACCUCCGAGAAAGAUGUUGAAGAUGACGAAGCACCUGCAACAGAACCUCGCAUUAAAACUGAGCCAGCCAGCCAGCCGGAGCCAGUGACUGAGUUGAGCACAGCAGUAACCGCAGUUCCAGCCGCAGUGGCACCUGUAGCGGCCGCUGAUCCUGAAGAGGAUGAUGAUUGCAUGCUAUUGCCGCUGCCGAAAGAGGAGCCAAUCGAUGUAGAUGCCGUUGAGGAGCCCGUUGCCGUAUCGCCGAAAGUUGCUAGCAAUGCUAAUGGCAGUGGCAAUGGAAAUGUAGUCACGCCCACGCGUCCCGUGAUGCCAACACUUACGGACAUGUUGCAGCUGCCGAAGACCACAAAUUUGCUACCGUAUAGCGGUGCCAAUGUCAUCAUACCAGCUAAUAGCAUCAGCACCAGCGUAUCGCAGCUGACGAGCACAACGGCAAGCAGCAGUGCGUCCAGUGGUAAGCUGACACCGGGCAAGAUCUCCUUGGUGCCCACAAAUUUCCUCAUGCAGCCGAAGCAGGCAAAUAAUGCGACAGCUGGCAAGACUGUUACCGCAGCAGCUGGGACGCAGCUGCAGCUGCUGCAAAGCGCCAUUAAUCAGGGCGCACGCUUGAUGAUCAGCGGCUCCGCUCCAACACCCGUACAAGCGACGCCGAGUUCAGGUCUUGUCACGGGCCCUGGCGGCGUAAAGUUUGUGUUGGUGAAUGCGGAGCAGGCGGCGGCGGCAAAGGCCGUGGCAGCAGUGGGCAAGCCGAGCACUGCUGGCAUUACCAGUGCAACGUUGCCACUGCCACAGCCGCAACAGCAGAAGCUACAGCAGCAAGCGGAUUACAUUUCACAGCAGCAACUGCAGCACUCGCAGCAGCAGCAACAGCAGCAACAGCAGCAGCAGCAACAGCAACAGCAACAGCAGCAGGUGCAGCAGCAACAGCAAAAUCAGCAAUUGGAGAAAAAGGAAGAGAAACGUCGCGCACAGGAAAUAUUGCGCGAGGAGCAACAGUCCAAGCGGCACAUGACAACUAUGCGGAUAAUGCUGCGCCAGCUGCUCAACGCCCAAAACGAGGCCAAUGAGAUACAACACAACCGCCUAUCCCUGGAGCGGGAACGUCUGGACUGGGAAAAAUCCAUAGGUGAACGUUUGCUCACAAUGCUGCCGACAUUGUUGCAGCCAACAGUUGCCACUGCAGCAGCAGCUGCUGCUGCCGCAAGUGUCGUUCAGCCAGGAGCGACGCAUCAGUCGCCACAGUUCAUAGUCUCUGGUACGGCAGCCUCAGCGGCACAGCGUUUACAGCCACCCAAGCUGCUCUUCACCACCGCACUACCCAUGGCCAAUGGCACAUUGUCCAUGCCCCACAUACUCACCCCAAGCAGCACGUUGGGCACUUCGCUGCCGAAGGUCAUUGGAACACCUGUGACUGCGUCUUCGGCAUCUAGUAGCGCCACUGGAGCAUCUGCUUCCAUCGCCACAAAGACAGUAGAUAUUUGCACAGAUAUUAAUGAUGUACAGCUUAUCACUCCCAAACUGGAGAAGGAUUGCUAAUUGUCGACAAUUUUUUUUUGGAUUUUACCGAAGUUACCAAGAGAAUACUCAAA